CGGCGAGUUGCGACGGGCCUCGGCAGCCACGCGCGGGAGGCUGCCCGGCCCUGGGGGUUCGCGGGCGCGCUCGGGGGGAUGGCGAGGUAGGAUGGUCGCCCAGCGCGACCCCCGCCGCCCCAACCCAGCGGCCCCUGGGCGGUGCCGCUGACUCGCCGGAGCGCACAGGGGUGUGGGCGGAGGCGGCUCCGCCGCGCCCGCGCCUUCGGGAGUCGCUGUGCCUCUUCCACCCGCUCGCACCUACCACCGCGCGGAUACCAUGUCGAAGGCGGCCGGAGGCGCGGCAGCGGCGGCGGAAAGUUGUCCCUCGGCCCCGGCCGGCUCGCCCGCGGCCGCUGCGGUGGAGGACCUGUCCAAAGUGUCGGACGAGGAGCUGCUGCAGUGGAGCAAGGAGGAGCUGAUCCGCAGCCUGCGGCGCGCCGAGGCCGAGAAGGUGAGCGCGAUGCUGGACCACAGCAACCUCAUCCGCGAGGUGAACCGCCGCCUGCAGCUGCACCUCGGCGAGAUCCGCGGGCUCAAGGAUAUCAACCAGAAACUCCAGGAGGACAACCAGGAACUGAGGGACCUCUGCUGUUUCUUGGAUGAUGACCGGCAGAAAGGCAAGAGGGUGUCCCGGGAGUGGCAGAGACUGGGCCGCUACACGGCCGGGGUGAUGCACAAGGAAGUGGCCUUAUACCUGCAGAAGCUGAAGGAGCUGGAGGUGAAGCAGGAGGAGGUGGUGAAGGAGAACAUGGAGCUUAAGGAGCUCUGCGUGCUGCUGGAUGAGGAGAAGGGAGCGGGCUGCGCCGGCAGCCGCUGCUCCAUCGACAGCCAGGCCAGCCUGUGCCAGCUCGCUGCCUCCACCGCGCCCUACGUGCGGGACGUGGGCGACGGCAGCAGCACCUCCAGCACGGGCAGCACUGACAGCCCGGACCACCACAAGCACCAUGCGAGCGGUGGCAGCCCCGAGCACCUGCAGAAGCCACGGGGCGAGGGCAGCCCGGAGCACUCCAAGCACAGGAGCGCCAGCCCCGAGCAUCUACAGAAACCCAGGUCCUCCGGGGCUCCGGAUCACCCCAAAGGACUCAAAGGACCUAGCCCCGAACCCCACAAACCCUUGUGCAAGGGCAGCCCAGAACAGCAAAGGCACCCGCACCCAGGGAGCAGCCCCGAAACGCUGCCCAAGCACGUGCUGAGUGGGAGCCCUGAGCACUUCCAAAAGCACAGGCCAGGGGGCAGCCCCGAACACGCCAGGCACAGCGGUGGGAGCCCGGAGCACCUUCAGAAACACGCCCUCGGCGGGAGCCUGGAGCAUCUACCCAGAGCCAGGGGCACCAGUCCCGAGCACCUCAAACAGCAUUAUGGGGGCAGCCCAGACCACAAACUUGGAGGCGGCGGCGGCGGAGGCGGCGGCGGAGGCAGCAGGGAGGGCACCCUCAGACGGCAGGCGCAGGAGGACGUGUCACCCCAUCACCGGAAUGUCUACAGUGGCAUGAAUGAAUCAACCUUGUCCUAUGUUAGGCAGCUGGAGGCAAGAGUAAGACAGCUGGAGGAAGAAAAUCGCAUGCUGCCCCAGGCCACCCAGAAUAGAAGGCAACCUCCAACUAGAAACAGCUCAAAUAUGGAGAAAGGCUGGGGGCCCAGAGCCCGGCGGGUCUUGCAGUGGUGGCAAGGGUGCCGAGGAAUAGGACGAUGCCUGCCCACUCUCCCGGGUUCUUUUAGGUUGUCAUCAGGGGCUGAUGGGAGUAACAGUUCACCCAACUCUCCAGCUAGCUUCAGUGGACAUACCACACCUUCUCAGCAGCCUGAACCUGUGGUACAUUCUCUUAAGGUUGUAUGGAGGAAACUUGGAGAUGCUGCAGGUUCGUGUCCUGGAAUUAGGCAACAUUUGUCAGGAAACCAGUACAAAGGACCAAUGUGAGAAACACUUUUUUUUUCAAACAUGAGAUCACCACUGCCAGAGAGAGAUAAAAGAAGAGAUGAAGAAAGAGAAAAGACUGGGUUUUCAUAAACCUGGACUCAUGGAAUAACAUAGAAUGAUUGUACAUUGCACAUAUCUCCCCUCUAAAACCUUUAGUACAACUUCCCCCAUAAAGCCGAUAUUUUAUGUCUCUAACUUCAACGUCAAUAUCAAACAAGGUAGCUUUGAAAAUCUAGAACAAGGUAGCUUUGAAAAUCAAUAUUUUCAUUGGAACUAAAAUGUUUUUAACUCCCCAGAUCUAAGAUUGCAGUUGGGAAACCGCAGAGUUGGAAGAGUCCAGUGGAGCCUCAGUGGUUUUGGUAGAGUUGACUAAUUGUAUAUAAUGAUGGUAGUUUUCUACCAUGUUGUAUUGAAGAUAUGAAGAGGUGUUUGCCAGCUUCCUGCGUUUGAGAGUUGGGCACCUACCUCUUAUAUUUCAGUCAAGAAAAUACUCAUUCCAGAUGCAUAAUUAAUUUGGAUGCAAGAUAAGAUUAGGUUUCUGGGUUUUGUUUUGACUUUUGAGGUGCUAAAAAUACUAUGUAAAUUAUUCUUACCAGCUAGAAGGGUAGCAAGACUUUGUAGAGUGUUUAUCGGAGAGUACCAUUUAUUUCAAUUGAUCAAAAAAAUCUAUCUUUUUAAUCCGGAUGAGUUGCUCAUAUAGAUGCAUCUUGGGGAUGUACCAACCUCCAUAUUCAUUCAGUGUAUUCAUUGAUGUUAAUAUUAAUAAUUUCAACUAAUAAGCAAGCAAACAUAAUUUUUCUAUGUGUUUCGAGCUGUGAAAUGUCAAUUUCUACGAUUUAGUUUCUAGACAUGCUGUAUAUUUAGUAAACUUCAUGUAAACUUUAAAAUACUGCACUGCAUUUAUGAAAAAGCUUUCUUUGCCUACUGCAGCUAUCUUAACAUUUUAUGAAACUGGCGCAUGUCCUUCAUUAUUGAGGCUAAAAGCUCUUGUUCAGAUUGCUUGAGGUUUGAAAAAGAGGUGUGCUAGCUUUGCUUAGUUUAUUUCUUAUUUUCGGUAUAUAUAUGUAAAAUUAGAAUGUGUGUAUUGGAAAUGCUACGAUAGGUAUUUUGUGUUUAUCCAAAUGCAAUGAUAGUUUUUUUUUGUAUGAAUGUGCAAGAGGCCUGUGACAGAAUGCUACAUUUUUACUGUAGUUUAAGAUUAUAAAAGUAGGAAUGCAACAAUUCCCAGUUUUCAAAUAUCUUCUAAACUACUGAGAUUUAAUUCAUAGUAGAUAUUCUUUGUUGUUGUUUUUAAAUGGACUUAUUACACAGUGUAUUAAUUGUCAUUGGUGGGGGGAAUGUGAAUGAAUUUUGUUAUACUUUAGAAAAUGUUACUGUGAUGAAAAUCCAGCCCUCUAUUUUCAGAAUAUAUUUAUGAAUUAAUUUACUAUAGAAUUAUCUAUUAUUGUAAUUGGGUUACAGUUUUAGCCUCUCUUUAUUUUAAAAUGUUAUAUUUUUAAAUAUUAUUACUGUGUAAAAGAAAAUUGCUUGCUAUAUUUAACCUUCUCUCCUAGAAAAGUCUUCAUCCUUAAAUUGUUGUAUUCCUACACUCUGAAGAUACUUAAAACAAGUUUUUGUGCCUGCAGCAGAGCCUGCAGAAGCUAAUACAAGGGACAUUGGUCUUUUGACAAAAUACUUGUGUAAAUUUUGAUACUGUAUUAAAACUAUUUUUUUAAAGUUCUGCAUAAAAUUGAGUAUCAGGUAUAUGUGUUCAUCUUAGCAAUGGUAAUAAAUUAUUUAAUCUCA